GUAGCAUGCGGUUAUUGUGGUGAACACUCGGUGUUAUUUGUGAAUCGUUCGAAAGCAAUUGGUUUGAUAAUUGUUCUGUUCUUUCACUUUUAAGAGGUCAUGCCGGUCGAAAUGGAACACUCUUUCGGCGCGUCGGAGGCCGAUACCACCGUCGAAGACGAGGAGAACUACGUUGAUCCAAAGGCACACGCAAAGUUGCUCGACGGUAUCAACAAUCUAACCGGCUCGUACUACAUUCGCGAGGUAACGCGUACGGAACCGAGCUUGAAACGGUCGGAAUUCGGUCUCGCCAAGGCAAAGAAGGAUAAGGUGCAGCUGAAGGAUCUGAGCAAGUUUUUCAGUAAAACUCCGAAGCAAAAUAAGGUACUGAAGCAGCUCGAUCGGCUAAAGCACCGGCACGGGUUGGCGAAACCGCUGGAAAAACCGGUGGCAGAUCGAUUGAAACGGAAAGCCGGAUUCCUGCGUGCCCAGCGUAAACUCGACAAAUGGGAACCGGUGGUGCGAGCUGCCGAGGUUGCUCCACAGGUCGUUUUUCCGCUGCAAUAUGAUAAGGUGACUGUACACAAGCAGCCACCGAAAAAACUGUCCGAGUAUCGCGUCAAGUCGAAGUUGAUGGAAGAGAUGGAGUCGCUGGAGAAAGAGUACGUCAGAGAUGGAGAGGCUGAGCUAUUGGAUGGCGAAGGGCAGAAAGAGUAUGACCUGACGGUGGAGGAAAUGCGCCAGCAGUUAAUCCAACGCGCCCACCAGAAGCGACUCGAGUCGUACCAGAUUGCGAAGGGACGCCGGCAGAACAAGAUCAAGAGCAAAAAGUACCAUCGGUUGCUCAAGAAGGAUAAGUUGAAGGAACAGAUGAAAAAGUUCGAAGAGCUGAAGGAAAAAGAUCCGGCAGCGGCCCUGCGCCAGCUGGAUCAGAUCGAAAAGCAACGGUUCGAGGAACGGGCGACCCUGCGCCACAAGAAUACGGGCACGUGGGCGAAGAAUUUGCAGGUCCGCGCCAAAUACAAUACGGAGGUGCGACAGGAGCUGGCGGAACAGUUGGCCAUCGGGAGAGAGUUGACUUCGCAGCGCUUUCAGAAGGAUGAAAGCAGUUCCGAGUCCGAUGGCGAGGAAACGAUUGCUUACGGUGACAAUCCUUGGACGGAACAGAACAUUGGUUCCCACGAGCGCGCGGCUGCCGAGCGGGCAAAAUUGACCAGCAGCUAUCGCAAGUACUGGGAGGAACGAAACCAGGUGGAGGCUCUCAAGAAGCAGCUGGUGGCGAAGGAGAAGGCUAGCAUCGGAGGGGAGACGAAUGGAGAUGUCCCUCCUGAUACAGAUCAUCCGGCGUACGACGACGAAGCCAAGGAUGAUGGUGAUUCCAACCAGAUGAAAUCAACCAAGCUGACAAAAAAAGUGCGCAAGAAAGUAAAGCAAACUGUGGUACGUAUGGCAUCCGGUAGCUGGGAUGUAGUGGACGACGAAGACACCAAGGCUGAGGAGCCGAAACCGGAGGCAAAUAAAAAAUCUAAAACCAAGGCGAAGAAAAACUUGAAAAAGGAAUCCGCCACUGUGGAGGAACUGUUCCAGGAGGCAGAGGAGCUCAUACAGGAUGCACUGGGAGACAAACUAGUCGGCGUGAAGCAAAAGUUGAAUGGAGUGGGACAUAUGGAAGCAAACAAAGGGGUCAACGGAACGAGCAGGAAGAAAGAAUCCAAAGCUAAGCGAAGAAGUGACCCUAACGAUUUGAGCUUCAAGAAAAAGCCUCGCCUGGGUGACGCUGAUCAAGAGUUAAACGAGACGAUGGGUGGAGCGGCAACGGAUGACAGUUUGCUGCCCAAGUUUGUGCCUACUUUGAGUGACGUUAAAGUGACUUCUGGUGGCUCCGAACCAAACACGGACAUAAAUCUCAAACAGGUUGUUCAAAUGAAGCCGAAACACCUCCUGACGGCCCUUCCGGACUCGAUUGCGGCCGGCGAACUAUCUGAUGGUGAGCCAGAGCACGACGACGACGACGACGAUGAUGACGAUGACCAUCGGCGGUUGACGAUUGCGGAAGCCUUCGAGGACGAUGAUAUUGUGGCGGACUUCCUGAAAGAAAAGCAGGACGAUCGGGCGAGUCAUCUUCCGAAGGAGGUCGAUUUUGGCCUCCCCGGAUGGGGUUCCUGGGUCGGACCGGGCAUGGAUUCGGAAGCACCACGAUACAAAGCACGCCAGGUUGUCAAUCCACCGAAGGAGUUACCCCGUCGGGAUGACAAUCGGGAUCAGGUGAUCAUCAACGAGGACGCACUGGUGAACCCGCAGCUAAGCAAACAUCUGGUCAACGAGGUACCAUUCCCGUAUGUCACGGUGAAGGACUACGAGGCGUCGUUGCGGGCCCCGCUGGGACGCACGUUCGUUCCGGAAACGGCUCACGUGACAAUGAUCGAGCCGCGCGUCGUCACCAAGCAGGGAGCCGUCAUUGAACCUAUGCAAAGGGAUAUGCUGGUGACGAACCCGGCCGUGGUUCGGAAGAGCGCUCCGCCGAAAGCGGGUAAGGGGGCACUCACUAAAUAUAACGAGUUUGUCGAAAAUAUCGCACAAAAGAAAACAAAUCCGAAAAAAAAGUUUAAAAAAUGAUUGCCAAAAUCGAAAUCCGUACGUUGCAUAUUUUAUAGGCCGAAUAAGAUAACGUAAAGGCGUUUGUAAAUAUCUACAGUGGAAGAUAUUUGAAAUAAAAUUAUUAAAUGUAUGUAAA